AUGAAAAAAUUUGCAGUACCACUAUUACUUAUGAUGAUUUCUUUGCUUGUUUUUGUGAUGGUUUCUUUUCUAUUAAACAGUAGAAGUGGAAUUGAAGCAUCAACAGAUAGUAGCAAUAUUGAUCAUGUCAGGUACAAGGUAACUGAUGAACAACCUUACAGAACUUCUUAUCACUUUCAACCUCCGCAGAAUUGGAUGAACGCUCCUAUGUACUACAAAGGUGUUUAUCACUUAUUCUACCAACAUAAUCCAUAUGCAGCAACAUUUGGUGAUAAAAUUAUUUGGGCUCAUUCAGUAUCCUACGAUCUCGUCAAUUGGAUUCAUCUCAAUAAUGCUCUUGAACCAAGUGAGCCUUAUGACAUCAACAGUUGUUGGUCAGGUUCAGCCACUAUACUCCCAGGUGGAAAACCUGUUAUUCUUUACACCGGAAUUGAUCACAAUAAACAUCAAGUUCAAAACUUAGCUAUGCCAAAGAAUCUAUCAGACCCUUUCUUAAGAGAAUGGCAAAAACACCCUCAAAAUCCUUUGAUCACUCCACCUAAUGAGGUUGAAAAAGAUGAAUUCAGAGACCCUACAACUGCUUGGCAUGGAAAAGAUGGAAAAUGGAGAGUAAUCAUCGGUGCUCAAAAGGGCGACGAAGGAAAAACUAUUCUUUACCAGAGUGAGGAUUUUGUCAAUUGGACAAAGAAUCCAAAACCUUUUUUUGCAACAGAUAAUACUCGAGUUAUUGAAUGUCCGGAUUUUUUUCCCGUGUAUAUUAAUAGUACAAACGGGGUUGAUACAUCCGUGGAAAAUUCAAGUGUUACGCAUGUUUUGAAGAUAGGCUAUCAAAGCAAUCAACAUGACUAUUAUUUUCUUGGUAAAUAUGUAUCUGAUAAGGAAAACUUUGUUCCCGAUGAAAAAUUUACAGGAACUAGUAAAGAUUUACGGUUUGACUAUGGUAAAUUUUACGCUUCAAAGUCAUUUUUUGACUAUGCUAAGAAUAGGAGAAUAUUAUGGGGAUGGGUGAAUGAGUCUGACACUACACAAGACGAUAUUGAGAAAGGAUGGGCAGGUUUACAGACAAUUCCAAGGAAAGUUUGGCUUGAUAAAAGUGGGAAGAGAUUAGUGCAGUGGCCAAUUGAAGAGGUAGAAAGUUUAAGAGACACAAAAGUCAGUAUUACUGGAAAGAAACUCGAGGGUGGAUCAACUCUUGAAGUCUCAGGCAUCACUGCAUCACAGGUUGAUGUAGAAGUGUUGUUUGAGCUACCGGAUCUAGAAAGUGGUGAGUGGUUAGAAGAUCCAAGUCAUUUUGAUCCCCAACUAUUAUGUAGCAAACAAUAUGCAUCAAGAAAUGGACAAAUAGGGCCAUUUGGUUUGUUAGCUUUAGCUUCAAAGGAUCUCACAGAGCAAACUGCAGUGUCUUUCCAAAUAUAUAAAACUCCUAAUAGAUAUCUGUGUCUGAUGUGCAGUGACCAGAGCAGGUCUUCAUUGCGGCAAGAUCUUGAUAAAACCACAUAUGGUACAAUCUUUGACAUAGAUCCCAAUCUCAAAGCGAUUUCACUAAGAAGCUUGAUUGACAAGUCCAUUAUUGAGAGUUUUGGUGAUGGAGGAAGAGCUACCAUAACAAGUAGAGUUUAUCCAUUAUUGGCUAUAAAGAAAGACGCACAUCUUUAUGUAUUCAACAAUGGAAGCCAAAGUGUGGUUAUUUCAAAACUUAAUGCUUGGAGCAUGAAGCAAGCAGAGAUUGGCCAUGAGGGAAGUAUAAAAUGUGCCUAA